AUGUCCAAACAGAAGCAGUUCAAGGAGAUCAAGGCGGGCAGCGAGGUCGUGAUCGCCACGCCGGGCCGCAUGAUCGACAUCGUCAGGAUGAAGGGCUGCACCCUGCGGCGCUGCACCUUCCUUGUCCUGGACGAGGCGGACAGGAUGCUGCACAUGGGCUUCGAGCACCAGUUGCGCUCGCUGGUGCAGAACGUGCGGCCCAACCGCCAGGAAGAUGACGACGAGAGGAUGGCCAGGUGA